UGCAGGGUAAGAUAAUUGUACACAUUCGCCAUUUUAUAGUGUGGUUUGGUCUGGUGUGCCAUUACAGUUGCGUUUACUUGUAAGCGUUUCUUGUAUGGACUCUCAGUCAUAUCUACACAUUUGUAGCUAUGUAGGGGCUCUUCUCCGAUCUUUGCACUAGAUUUCAAUGUUCGCAACUGCACUUCCAACUUCCAAGUGGUUCAGAAUCUUACAAAAUAUCAUGAGCUCCCUUGGUCGAUAACCCCUUUCCUCUUUAUCGGGCUGCUCAUUACUUUUAUCCUCGCGGUAGUCGGUGACAGUCGAUGCUGCACGGCUUCGAGAAUAGGCAGGAGAAGUGUGAAUUUGGAAUGACAGCUACGAAGCGGAGGAGACGGCGAAUGUUCAAAGUUUACUAGAACGCGCAACUACUUACUUCUAGCACUGCUCGACGGUCACCGGUGAGCUGACGGCUGUUCGCACAAUUUGGAUGCGGGGCAGUUUCGGAAAAUUAAAAUACCUAGUGUAGGGAAGCAGUGCUGUACGUGGCUGACGGCAACAGAAAUGGCAAUGCGACACGCUAGCUCCGCGGCUCUUGUCUUGGUCGCAAUGUAUAUCCUGGCACUCAAUCUACUGUCGCGUAUCCCCCCAGGUGCUGAAGCCCAGGCGAGCAUUUGGGAACACUGUGCGAACAGUGCAUAUGAGUAUCAGUACAAUGACUUUUUGAUGACAUUCGACAGGGCUGUGGCGUUCUGCAAGACCAAGCUCGGCGGAGCGUACCUUGCCAUCCCACGCAAUGCUCUGGAAGAUAAGUGCAUAUCCGACCAUCACCCGCUCCGCACCAGAUGGCUUGGCAUCAGAAAACUGAACGGCAUAUGGACGGAUAUUAAAGCCAAUGUAGAAGUUAACUACACCAACUGGGAAGUCGGCCAGCCCAAUAUGAACACUGCAGCUGAGGGCACUGAGCCUCAAGAGUGUGUGACACUGUGGUACUACCCUAAACAAAGUGCAAAUGGAGACAAGUGGGAUAAUCUACAGUGUGAUCAUGCCAAACGUGUUGUCUGUCAAAGACAAGGAAGAUGUGCGGCACGUAGCAACAAUAGUCUAGUCAACGGAUACACAAGUCAUUACAGUGUACUCUACCCUGGCAAUAUCACAUACCAAUGUAAUCCGGGAUACUACAUCUCUGGACAGAGCAAUCAGAGUAUCACCAGUCACACAUCACUAUGUCUCAUCAGUGGACACUGGUCUACUCCAGAGCCAACAUGUAUAGGUAUAACAUGUGUAGCUCCACCACCUGCCCUGGCAAAUAGUUCCAUAUUGAGCCAAGAGCUGGUGUACCCUGGUAUAGUGACAUACCAAUGUGAUGUGGGCUAUUAUGUAGCUGGUUAUGCUGAACGGAAUGUCAGCAAUGCAACAGUGCAAUGUGCUCCCAAUGGAACAUGGAUUGGAACCGCACCGACAUGCCUACUAUGGCCGGCAGUGGACUUCAUUAUCACUGCUUCCACCUCAAACAUUUCAUCAUUUUCAACCAGUUACGUGCAAAAAUUGACCAGCUUCUCUGCCGCAGACUCUGAUCACCAUCCAGGACGAUGCACUGUAGGAUGUGUUCAAAAUGGCUACCUCUUUGGAGGAAUGGCCAACAGCACCGAGUGCUAUUGCACAAGUUUUGCUGUUUCUAAGCUGACGAAAGCAGCUGGACUCACAUAUGAGUGUACUGGUGCACCUUCAUACCAGUGUGGUGGAAAUAAUUUGAUUAGUUUCUAUGCUCUAAGGGAAGCACCCCCAGUCAAGGCACACAUUGGAUCUCGUACAGAUAAAGCCAUCCUCAUCAAUGGUACAUUGUACACUUUGGCGGGAACUACGAUCAAUCUGGAGUGCACUGUGAUAACAGGCACCACUCCACUCGUCUACACCUGGCGCAAAACCGGCUCUGAUAUGCUGCUCAGCAGCAGUAGUGUGCUUAGCAGGAUUGUGACCAGCUCCGAUAGUGGUGAGUAUGUGUGUACAGUCAAUAAUCCACGUGUCGCCAAAUCACCACACUUCACUCUGCCGCAUAACGCAUCUUUCAGAACUCAACUCAUAGUGCAAGAGCCGAUAGACCUAUCAAUCUCAAGCCCUAUCUCUGAGGCUGUGGAAGGAACAUCAUUCAAUGCAACAUGCACCGCGAGUCACAGUGCUGGGGUCAGUUUUGUUUGGAAAAAAAUUAAUCCUGCAACUGGCAUAGUCAGCAGCCUUCCAAGUCGAGCAUCUUUCAGCAUAAAGACUGGAGUUCUCCUGAUUCCCAGGCUGCUGAUGUCCGACCAAGGAGUGUAUUGCUGUGUAGCCUCUAAGCCAACAAUUGCCAUCCCUGCUAACAGACGAAGUGUAGCCGAUCUGAUUUUGGUUGUCACAGCUGGAGAUGCGUGUGCUGGCGAGUGCAGCCGGCUUUCCAACAUGACAGAAUGCAACCGCACAACAGGACUGUGUCAAUGCCGUAAUGGUUUGACUGGCAGUGUUCAGGCAACUUGUACAGGCGCAAGCAAGGAAAACCAACCAGGCUCGCCGGCUGAUCUUCAAAUACUAGUAUAUGCGGGAAUCGGUGCUGGAGGCUUCAUUGUCAUCUUGUUAGUCAUUCUCAUGGUGGUGAGAGCAAAUCACGGAAAGCGGGACCGUGUGACAACUAAAUACCAAAGUCGAAUCAAACUGGUGUCGGGAGAGGGACCAUCCACCCAAGAGAGUUAUUCUGAAGUCACAGAGCCCAGCGGGAAAGCUGAAGCUGGAAGACUUGGUGGAGUCAAAUUGACACCUUCAUGCACCUAUAGUUCAGACGGGAAAUCACGAAUGAGCUUGAAAAGCCAUGCAAUGGGGAGUGAAACAUCAUCUCGGGAUAGCAGAGAGGAAGACCCUUUCGGCAGGAGUGUGCAUGAUGCUCGCUUCUACGAUAACAAGUCUAUGGUAACGCAGUUGCCCAGUACUGGUGAUGCUUAUGAAAUCACGUACGAUAAUUCGUCCGGUGCCAGUAGGGGCUACAUUGGUGGAGAGUAUGAAAACAGAUACGACUUAGCCCCCCUCAAGGAUCAAAGAGAAUCAGUAGCAUCCACUGCACCUGGUGGGGACACGUAUGACUUGCUAAAUCGGGACGCCAGUGCAAAGGAUCUCCAGCCAUCAGACGGCCCGGGAGAGAUGUAUGAUAGCUUGGAAACUGCUCCCUGGCCACAACAGACUGAAGACUUACAUGCAGUUCUUAGCAGAGAUGCUGCUGGCCCUACUGGUCCUGGAAUUGCAAAAAAAGAAGGCAAGAAAACCCACUCUCUGCGGACCCGGGCCUCUGCUCAGUAACUGCCAACGCUGACCAGAGCUAAAAGGUAUUCGUCGUUCAAGCAAGCAACGAGGCAGUGCUGCUGUGAUGUCGACUGCCCUGUGUCUCCAUGCUCAGCCGACUCCCUUCCCACUUACUAUUCAGUACUAGUGUAGAAUGAUGAUAGUCUCCACAGGUUAAGGUCUUCUUGCGUAACUUUAGUUCUUCACAAAAAUCCUUUCCCUAAGGCAUGUGUGCCCCCCCCCCCCCCCCAUUGUAUUACUUCCUUCGAUAUACCUAAUAACGGUCUUGCACGGAGUAGCCUAUAACUAUUUCCCUUUUAAAAUUCACCCAAUGAUGUUCUGGCAUGGAGUAUCUUAUACUGUAAGACAUGUUAUUAUAACGAGUUGCAAAUUUAACGAUUGUGCAAAAUUCAUAGGUUAACGAGAAGAUAUAUUAACGAUCUUGCAGUAUUCUGCCAUA